AUGAUUUUAAGAAAUUGUCUAAGACGCACCUAUUAUUGUUACAAUAUUAUCGUUAUUAUUGUUGGCAUACAAUAUCUGCAACAAUUUGCAAAUGCCGUUAAGUUAUCGAGCAAAUACUAUCCAUCGGGUGUGAAUUUUUUCGAACAUGAAUUUCCUAGUUUAGCAGGAGAUGAAUACGAUCCAUAUGGACCUACUCUAAACGAAGCAGACAUCAAUGAUUUAGAUGAUCCCGAAACAAUGCCCAGACUUUUUCAGGGUGAUAUUGCUAUCGAUCCUUUCACCUAUAUAACUUUACGUUUGGGCGUAAAUCCGACAAGACACCCGAAGCGCUUGUGGCCAAAUGGUACAAUACCAUUCGAAAUUAGCCACUCAUAUGAGGAUCACGAAAGAAAAACUAUUGAACGGGUUUUGCAAACCUUCAACUCGCUGACUUGCAUAAACUUUGUACCCUACGAUGGCGAAGAAGACGAUUAUGUACUUAUCUCACCGUCCGAAGAUGGCCCCAGUGGCUGUUGGUCUUAUGUGGGCAGAAAGGGCGGUGAACAAAUAGUAUCAUUGCAGAGGCCAGACGACACGAGUGCUCAUUGCUUCAGUAGUGAAGGUCGCAUAAUGCAUGAACUCAUGCAUGCUAUUGGUAUAUAUCAUGAACAAUCACGUGCCGAUCGUGACAAUUAUGUUAAAAUACAUUGGGACAAUAUAGUGCCGAAAUUUCGUAAGAAUUUCAAAUUAAUUUCGAAAAAACGUGGAAAAUACGCAUACGAUUAUGAUUAUAAUUCGGUCAUGCACUAUGGUGAAUAUUAUUUUAGCAAGAAGAAGGGCAAGAAACCGACCAUGACACCAUUACAGCCGGGCGUUCGCAUUGGACAACGUAAAACAAUGAGUAAAAUAGAUUGUUUGAAAAUCAAUGACUUGUAUGGCUGUUUAAAGGGGCGACGCGCCAAAAUGUAUCGAAGUUUUUGUUAUUUAUUAGGUUUAUAA